UUUUUAGGCCUUAAAAAGAUUGAGUAACGCCUAAAGCAACUCCACUGGACUUGCUCUACUUAACGGUUACUACAACUCAUCUCAUCAUCAUGGCGUCUUCUUACCUUAGAAUCUCUCUUCCCUUUGUCUUCUGGGCUUUGCUACUCUCACCGGCUGUGUCACAGUCAUCAUCUUCUUGUUCGUCACAGACAUUUUCCGGCGUCAAAUCUUACCCUCACUGUCUCGACCUCCCUGACCUCAAAGCCUUUCUCCAUUACUCCUAUGACGCAUCUAACACAACCCUCUCCGUUGUUUUCUCUGCUCCACCUUCAAAGCCUGGUGGAUGGAUCGCUUGGGCUAUUAACCCUAAAUCCACCGGCAUGGCUGGAUCUCAAGCCCUCGUUGCCUCUAAGGACCCUAAAACAGGCGUCGCCUCCGUUACCACCCUCAACAUCAUCUCAUACAGCUCUCUUGUUCCCUCGAAGCUGUCGUUUGAAGUGUGGGACGUUAAGGCCGAGGAGGCGGCUAAAGACGGUGGAGCUUUGCGGAUCUUUGCGAAGGUGAAGGUUCCGGCGGAUGUGGCGGCGAAAGGGAAGGUUAAUCAGGUUUGGCAGGUCGGACCUGGAGUGUCCAAUGGAAGGAUAGCGGCUCAUGAUUUCAGCGGUCCAAAUCUCAACGCGAUGGGAGCACUCGAUCUGACCGGAGCCACCCCAUCAGUCCCUGUUUCCGGAGGCGGUGAAGGGAACUCUAAGAGAAACAUCCAUGGGAUAUUGAACGCUGUGAGUUGGGGAAUUCUGUUCCCAAUUGGAGCCAUGAUAGCUAGAUACAUGAGGAUAUUUGAAUCAGCAGAUCCUGCUUGGUUUUACCUCCACGUGUCAUGUCAGUUCUCGGCGUACGUCAUCGGUGUAGCCGGAUGGGCCACCGGACUUAAGCUAGGUUCCGAAUCCAAAGGUAUUCAGUACAACAGUCACCGAAACAUAGGCAUUGCUCUCUUCUCUAUUGCCACUCUUCAGAUGUUUGCGAUGCUAUUGCGGCCAAGGAAGGACCACAAGUUUAGAUUCGUUUGGAAUAUUUACCACCACGGAGUUGGAUACUCUAUCCUCAUCCUUGGAAUCAUCAAUGUUUUCAAAGGUCUUAGCAUCUUAAACCCAAAGCAUACUUACAAGACGGCUUACAUUGCUGUGAUUGCGACCUUAGGAGGCAUUACUUUACUCUUGGAAGCUGUUACUUGGGUCAUUGUCCUCAAGAGAAAAUCUGCUAAUUCUACUAAGCAUCCUAAGCCUUAACCCGUGUUGGCACUUGGUAUAGUUCAAAGAGUUUGUAUUGUUUUAUUUAUUUUCAUUUGAGUUAGAAACUACAUUAUAUCUUUCUCCACAAAUCAUGAUUCAUCCCUAGACAUUGCUUGUUUUGAUGAUGAUGACUACUGCUUUUGAGGUUUAUGUAUAGUAGGAGAAAAGAAACAUAUAUAUGUAUUAGACUAUUAGUGUUUGUGUUUUUUUUUAUCGUUUGUUAUUGUGAUUUAAAGUACUUGUAGGGAAUUUUUUAAAAACU